AUGUUCGCUGAAAGCGCUACGAAACUUCAACAUGAUGUCAAUCUUGCAUCGAAGUUGGCUGCAGCCUAUAGAUUACGUCUACGCCCUGUAAUAUGCAAACAGAUGUGGAUCUCCUCGAGACCUCGAACGGGAAUCAGGGUGGACGGACAACCGAUAGAACUCAUCGAUGAGUUCCGUUACCUGAGCUGUACGCUGAACAACGACAGCUACGAAAGAGAUGUUCAGCAAAGAUGCGCUAAGACCACUUCUGCAUUUAACUCCUCAACGAAAUGCCUGUGGUCGACCCCCAUCACCAACGAAGUCAAUAUGCUGCGAGUCUACCUCUCUGCAAUUCACCCCAUCAUGAUGUACGGACCAGAGACCUGGGCAGCACCGUCAACGGUGGUCAAUGGUGGAGAGGCUUGA